AGAAAGCCGUUUGAAAUCUUCCUGGUCUCUAAUCAUUCCGACGAUGUCUUCCGUUUGGAGUGUUUUCGCUCUUCUACUCUUUUGUACAGCCUUGGGCUUCGAUCUGCAGAUCUUCCACACGAACGACCUGCACUCGCGUUUCGACGAGAUCAGCGAUACGACCGGCGUCUGCAGGGAGAACCACCCGUGCUUCGGAGGUUUCGCACGUGUCGCACACUUCGUCAAGACGCACCGCAAAAACAACACACUCGUUUUGAACGCCGGCGACAGCUUUCAAGGGACGCCGCUUUUCGUCGCUUUCGGCACCGAGAUCCUCCAGCCGAUGAUAGACUCCCUCGACAUCGACGCCAUGAGUCUUGGAAACCACGAGUUUGAUCGAGGGCCCAGAGUCCUGAGGGAUUAUCUUGACAGAGUGAUGACUCCUGUCGUGACUUGUAACGUGGACGGUUCUAACGAGCAGGACUUUGCCAAUGCAAAGCUAAACAAAUCUAUAGUUAUACCUGUCGGGGAUGUUAAAGUUGGCGUCGUCGGUUACCUCCUUCCCGCCACCAAGGAGAUAGCAACAGUCGGCAAUGUUAUACUAACAGACGAGGUCGAAUGCAUUAGAAAAGAAGCGCAGAAAUUAAAGAAAGAAGGUGUACAUGUCGUGAUCGCAGUCGGCCACUCCGGUUGGACUAAAGAUCUCGAAAUAGCGGAAAAAGUGGAAGAAGUGGACGUCGUCGUCGGAGGGCAUACGGAUACUUUUCUUUACACAGGUACUCCCCCUAGCAGGGAAAAGCCAGAGGGCCCUUAUCCGACCCUGGUAAAGCAGUCUUCCGGAAAGCUAGUGCCGGCCGUUCAGGCGUACGGCUACACAAAGUACGUCGGAGUACUGAAUCUUAGCUUUGACGACAAGACUAACAAACUGAUCAACGCGACCGGAAACCCAGUUCUCAUGACGGCGAAUCUAGCAAAGUGUGAGAAUGUGACGCACCUCUUGGAAGAGUUUAAAAAGAACAUGAGCGCAAUUUACAAAGAGCUGGUCUGCAUAACAGAAGUAGAUCUGAAUGGAUCUUGCAAGAAAAGUGAGUGCAAUUUGGGAGAUAUAAUUGCGGAUGCUGCGGCUGAAUUUGUUGACAAUCGAACUACAGAUAAAAAUAGAGAGUUUGAGACCAUUGGGUGGAUUAACGGAGGAAACAUCAGGUCUUCAGUCGAUAAAUCAACUCUCGAAAACGGCAGAUUGCUGUUAUGGGAUUUGGCAACAAUUUUGCCUUUCCCUGCCCAACUAGUGCAAGUCAGGGUGGUCGGUAGUAUGUUACUUGAGCAGCUCAAUCAUUCAUACGAUCAAUUAUCGCGGGGAGGAUUUCUGCAAGUAUCGAAAAUGAAAAUUAUAUAUCCCCAGAACAAAACGAAGAAAAUCCAAGCUUUUGUGAAGAGUAGAAAAGGCCAGUUUGAAGAAGUUAUGUCGAACAACUUCUACGAUGUGGUCGUUACCGAUUAUCUCUUUAGAGGAGGUGACGGGUACAACUUCAGCCAAGGCGAGUACACUCAGUUUUUCGAUAAACCGCAACUGGAUAUUGUCAGGGAAUGGAUGGCUCGCCAAAGUCCAAUCACCGUCAAAGAGACGGACAGAAUCGUCUUCGACAAUGGCAAUUCCAAUAGUUCUGGAGCCGCGCUUCCUGGCUGACCCUCUCCGUCAUAAUUAACACACACACACGCACGCACACGCAUGCACACGCACGCACGCACACACACAAAAUAUAGAUGAAACAUCUAGAACUUAUUUUAAACAAGCUGUUAAAUUAAAAUAUUAAAGAGGUUGCGUUCUGAAUCUA